UAAAUAAAACUUCUCUGUGACUGGACAGGGAAUUGGUCCCAGGUCUGGCUCCCAGGAGGGCAAAGGAAUCCUAGAAGUGGAAACAUCCUGCUCCUUUCUUGUUGUCCUGUCUUCGUCCACUUUUAUCUUUGUCACUUAAUUACAUGCUUCAGCAUUGGGAUCACCUAAUAUCGAUUUCCUUUCAGAUGUGAAAGUAAAGACAAUAACCAAGAUGCUUUGGAGCCAGCAUGCUUCCCCGGUUAGAUCACUGAAUCUGUUUCUCGUGGUGUGUAUCAGCCUUGUGUUUGGUGUGUUAUCUUCGUUGCCUGAUUUAUCAGAUAAAUCUUGCACUUUCAAGGUGACAUUACGCAAUUUCCGGGUCAUCUUAUCAUGGGAAUUAAAAAACCAUUCAAUUGUACCAGAUCACUAUACAUUACAGUACACAGUUAUAAGUAGACCAGACCAUGUGAAGAUUGUGGAGCACUGUUCAAAUAUCACAGCAUCAUUUUGUGACCUAACGGAUUUGUGGGAGGUCCUGCCUGAGACGUAUGCCGUCACAGUUGAUGGAUUCAGAGGGAACACAACACUGGUCACGUGUUUCAUCGAUUUCUUCCUGGCAACACACAUAUCUUUAGAACCACCAGAGUUUGAUAUUGCUGACCUUAUGGACCACAUUAACGUCAAUGUGAAUUUCCCACCUGUCAUUCCCAAGAUACUACGUGGAGAAGUAUUACAGUUUUACUUAAAACUCAUCAUCGAAGAACAGUCUGGGGGGAUUGUCAAGAAGCAUAACCCCACACUAAAUGAAAACGUCAUUGGAAAUUUCACUUACGUCAUCGACAAGUUACUUCCAAACACAAACUACUGUGUAUCUGUUUAUUUUAAGCCUAGAAAUCUGGGAGCAAUCCAUAGAUCUCCAGUAAAAUGUACCCUCCUUCAACCUGCACAGGAGACAGGGUCAUCAGAAUCUGCCAAAAUAGGAGGAAUAAUUACUAUGUUUUUCAUAGCUGCUGUCUUCAUAAGCACCAUAAUAAUAUUGAAACGGGUUGGUUAUAUAUGCUUAAGAAAUGAUUUCCCCAAAGUUUUGAAUCUUUACAACUUGUCAGCCUGGGUUAUCCCUGAGAUGCCACCAGUGGAAGCAGUGGCUUUCGUGGAGGUGAUUCACGUUAACAGGAAGAAGAAGGUGUGGAAUUACAAUUACGACGAUGAGAGUGACAGCAAUGAUGAAGCCGCAGCCCCUGUGACAAGCACCGGUGGCUAUACCAGGCAUGGGCUAAUGGGUGGGCUUCUCCGUCCCACCUCUGCCUCCUUGGCCACGUGCGGGGACUGCCUGGAGCCCGACCCUGAGGAGCCUGACCUGUCCGAGCGGGACUCUGAGCCCCUGAUGACACCAGGGCCCUGCCCCGGGUGGUCGGAAUGCACAAGUGGGGCCUACGAGAGGGGAGGGAAGCUGCUACAGGACCCCCUUUCCGAGGAGGACAGUAGCUCCACGGAAGAGGCCGGGGACAAAAUUAUCUUCAAUGUAAAUCUAAGCUCUGUGUUCGUGAGCGCCCUCGAUGACGAUUCGGAAGUCCCUCCAGGGUUACCAAGUUUUCCAGAAGAGACGUUCGACCCAGACGAUUCCCACCAACUGGAAACAAGUUUUCUGGCGGCCCACGGGGAAGGGACACAGCCACCCUCCCCCACCCCCUCUGCAGAGUGCCCGUGGCCUGAAGAUGUGCUUUCUGAUAAAAGUGACAGUUCUGAGUCGGAUAUUGACAUCGGGGACGGCUAUAUAAUGAGAUGAACCCCCAAAAUAUUUAAUGAACGUGGACUGACCAAUACCUUCAGGGAUUCCCCCCCCUGCACUGUCACUUCCUCCCUUGUGGUCUGCAAUGUUCCCCAGGGAAGGUGUUGGAGACUGUGGCCGGCUCC